AUGAACUUGGUAUGGAUCUUUGGAUUCGCCAAAUGCACACCGUUGCAACGAGUAUGGGACAGCAGCGUGCCGGGAAGUUGCUGGGACAAGAAGAAGCUUGUCAAAUUCCAAUUAUUUGCUGCCUAUUACUCCGCCAUUCUCGAUUUCGUUUUGGCGUUCCUCCCCUGGCCGAUUCUCAUGGGCGCAACGAUGCGGCGCCGCGAAAGGCUUGGUGUCGCCGUAGCAAUGAGCUUGGGUGCCAUUGCCGGAAUAUGCGGUAUCGUGAAAGCCGUCCUGGUGGUCCACAUGACCAGUCCAGACAUCACCUACGAGCGCGUCGACCUUACGAUCUGGACUUUGACAGAACCUGCCGCCUCAAUCAUGGCAGUGUCCAUCCCGGUCUUGAGAAUGCUGUACCGAGAACUCAAGUCUACUCAACGAAGUUAUGCCCGAAACAAGUCACAGUCGCAUGCACUCGAUACAGGGUCGAGGAAGGAGGUCAGGUCAACGAAGAGAUAUGGCCCUGGGUCACAAUACGGCCGGAAUUCUGUUGUCGUCAUGUCUACCGGAGGAUGGCAAGAAUCGCAGGAAGCCCUCCAAGAGGCGGAAGGCGGCCAGGCAUCGCCGCUCCCGGGCAUGAACGGCAUCAUCAAGACCGAAGAAGUGAGAGUGCGGCAUGAACGAUUAACAGGACUCAGCGAAGGCGAAAGCUCAAUAGAGCUCAACUCGCUCAAGGAGGGUCAUAGAUGA